AUGCCCAGUCCACGCGGACAAGAGUCAGCGCCAGCGACUUUGACCGGCGACCACAUCCAUACAAAAUGUCAAACCUAUAAGCGUAGCAUCCAGGUCUCUUUUCUUUGCUCCGCGAUUUUCAAAGUGGGAUCCAUCACUGCCCAGUGGCGACCUCGCAAUCUCCAGUUGGUCUCUCUCUCUCUCUCUCGAUCCAAAAAGAUCCAAAGAGUGUUUGGGGAAUUUGAUGAGGGAGAGGCGAGGAGAAUGCAUCCAUUUGCGGAGAGUUUAGUGAGGAUGGAAGUAAGCAAGGCAAGAGGCCAAGCCCAGCUGCUGGAUGACAAGCUCAAGCUCGUCCCGGCAUCAAGCCUGGACGAUGGAGCCGCCAGGACUCUGGUUGACGACGCUGCCAGUAUCAUCGCCACUUUCACCAACAUCAUCGCGUGCCUCAGCAGGAACCCCCAUGCUUCUCCCGUCGAUCCAGGCGGCCAUCGCUCCAAGCCUGCCAUCGCCACCACUAGCGAGACCUCUCACAGCGACGAAGAUCACACCCCGACCAAAAAGAGAAAACUCAAGAACCAACAUCAGCAACAGCCACACUCGAUCGAGCACGAGCUCGUCCCGGACGAUGGCUAUACGUGGAGGAAAUACGGUCAGAAAGACAUCCUCGGAUCUCGACACCCAAAGAGCUACUAUCGCUGCACACACAAGCGCGAGAGCGGGUGCCAGGCGAUCAAAUACGUCCAGAGAUCCGACUCCAAUCCCUCCUCGUUCCAGAUCACUUACCGGGGGGAGCACACUUGCAACAUGCUUCGAUCGUCCCCGCUGGGAUCGCCAUCGCCACCAUCGCCAGCGCUGGCCAUGCCGAUGGUAAACUCAGUGUGCUUGAGGAUCAAUAGCGAUGGUGGCUUGCAGAUCGGGGCCUCAGGUCCGACCGUGAUCCCUUCUCUCCCUCUCGAUGUCUCUCCAAAUCACACACCACCACCACCGAGGAACGCAGGCGCUUCAGCUCCAAGCCAUGGAAUUGGGCAGAGGGAUCUCGAGGCUGCUCGGGGCCAGCUGAUCACGCAAGAGCUGGCGUCGAGCGUGGUGAAAGUGGAGGGCGAGAUCGACGUUAUGACCCUGGAGUCGAUGCUAGAGUUUGGAUCGUCCGUGUUGGAUAGUCUCGACUUGAAUGGUUAUCAGCUCUUCGCGAGCGAUCACUCGUCACCAGAGUGGUCGGAUUGCAUAGCAUAUUAAAACGAAAAAAAGAACACAAAAAUUUCUUUU